AUGCCUCGUCGACCCUCGAGCCCUUUCUCCAGCAACUCCUCCCCCGCAAACCGUCCAUCCUCGUCCUCGGCCACAGAGAAGGGUGGCAUUUCGAUCAAAAACCCAAUCUCCAAGUCAAAUCGCCUGGCUCAGCUCUUUUCUACAUCGCCCAAAUCCAAGGCGGAGCCCAAGUCUGAGCCCUCGGCCGCCCACGCCGCUCUUCUCGCAGCCAGCAGAUCGACUCCGCCUCCAAAUUCUGGUGUGCCAAUUAGCUCCGCUUCGUUAUCGCUUCCUACAAUAUCGCUUUCCACGGCAAAGGCUGAUAGCCCCAAUAUGGACGAGCCGCCGACUACGUUGUUUAAGCCUCCGUCUCCGGAAGAGUCGAGGCGACUGGCCAAGCAACAUGCCCAGUUUGCUCCUAUCAGUCAUCCAACCCACAGAUAUUCAAGUCGGCACCCAGGCGGGCAUUUCCCCGAACCUGUAAUGGACGAACCGCCGUAUUAUUACCUCUUGACGACGUAUGUUAGCUAUUUAAUACUCAUUGCUUUCGGUCACGUUCGAGAUUUCUUCGGGAAACGCUUCAAGGAAGAGAAUUAUCGACACUUGAAGUCACGGAAUGGUUAUGGUGCUCUGAAUAGCGACUUUGAUAACUUCUAUGUCCGUCGGUUGAAGCUGCGCAUUAAUGACUGCUUUGAACGCCCAGUAACGGGAGUGCCGGGUCGCUAUAUUACUCUCAUUGACCGCUCUACCGAUGAUUAUAACCGACACUUUUAUUUCACUGGGACUACUACUGAUACCCUGAACAUGAGCUCCUAUAACUACCUUGGUUUUGCUCAGUCGGAAGGUCCUUGCGCAGAUGCCGUUGAGGAGAACUUGCGCAGAUAUGGAAUCAGCGUCAGUAGCACUCGCGCCGAAGCAGGGACAACAGAUCUUCACCUUGAAGUUGAGGACCUAGUCGCUCAAUUCGUAGGCAAAGAGGCCUCUAUGGUUUUCUCCAUGGGCUUCGGCACCAAUGCGAAUAUAUUCUCGACCCUGGUCGGCAAGGGGUGUCUGAUCAUCUCAGAUGAGCUGAACCACGCAUCGAUCCGGUUCGGUGCACGUCUUUCCGGGGCAUCCAUUGGUAUGUUCAGACACAAUGACAUGAAAUCGCUCGAAGAAAAACUACGCGAGGCUAUUUCUCAAGGUCAGCCUCGUACACAUCGUCCAUGGAAAAAGAUCCUGGUUGUCGUCGAGGGGCUGUACUCUAUGGAAGGGUCAAUGUGCAAUUUGCCAGGCUUGAUCGCACUCAAGCGGAAAUACAAAUUCAACCUCUUCAUUGACGAGGCCCACUCAAUCGGCGCUGUUGGCCCUCGUGGACGAGGUGUCUGCGAUUACUUUGGCGUCGACACUGCCGAAGUAGACAUUCUAAUGGGAACCUUGACCAAAUCAUUCGGCGCCAACGGUGGUUACAUUGCUGCCGACAAGGUAAUGAUCGAUUCCCUCCGUGCCUCCAACGCCGGUGUCAUCUUUGGCGAAGCCCCAACUCCGCCCAUCCUUACGCAGAUUCUGACCUCUCUCCGCCUCAUUAACGGCGAGAUUUUACCCGGUCAAGGAGAGGAGAGACUGCAACGAUUAGCAUUCAACUCCCGCUAUCUGCGGCUUGGCCUGAAACGUCUCGGGUUCAUUGUCUACGGUCACGACGACUCCCCCAUUAUCCCUGUCCUCCUGUUCAACCCGGCCAAAAUGCCCGCCUUUUCGCACGAAAUGCUCAAACGCAAAAUCUCCGUUGUCAUCGUCGGUUACCCAGCCACCCCACUCGUCUCAUCUCGCGCACGCUUCUGCGUGUCUGCCGCACAUAACAAGGAAGAUCUCGAUCGCCUCCUGACGGCCUGCGACGAGAUCGGGAAUGUCCUCCAACUCAAAUUCUCCACAGGUAUUGCCGGCGGCGCCGUGCCUCCACCAGAGGGCAUGACACCGGAAAUGGAGAAGGAAUGGCAUCGUCAACACCGCGCCGGUAAUGGCAACAUCGAGCCUCCGCGAUGGCGCAUUGAGGAUAUCAUUCGUCGCGGCGUUCAGGAUACAAAGCGGCCCUUGAUCUAG